UCCGGCCUAUAACUUCGCCCCCCGUUCCCCACCGUGCGCUCUCGUCGUCUUCGCGAGGUCGAACCCCAAGGCGAAAGCAGCGAAACCCUCCCUCCCCCCUCGAAAGCAGAGUCGCCCCGCCACUGCGAGGAGAGAGUGUGUGUGAGGCGGCGAAAGGCGAGAUGAAGCUCAACGUCAAGACCCUGAAGGGCACCAGCUUCGAGAUCGAGGCGAGCCCCGAGGAGUCGGUUGCUGGGGUGAAGAGGAUCAUCGAGACAACUCAGGGUCAGAGCGUCUACCCUGCGGACAAUCAGUUGCUUAUAUACCAAGGGAAAAUUCUCAAGGAUGACACCACUUUGGAAAGCAACAAAGUUGCUGAGAACAGCUUCCUUGUUAUAAUGCUGUCCAAGGCUAAGGCAUCGUCAAGUGGACCUUCUACCGCUACUCCUGCUACUCCUGCAAAAGCUCCUGCAACUCCGGCCCAAGCUGCUACGCCUGCAGCCUCGGCUGCUUCAGUUGCAAGAUCAACACCUCCACAAGCACCUGUUGCCACGGCAGUAACGGUACCUCCAAGUCCACAGCCUUCACCUGCUCCUGCUGCUACUGCUCCAGCUGCUACAGUCGAUGCAUCCGGUGAUGCUGAUGUGUACAGUCAGGCAGCAUCAAACCUUGUCUCUGGCAACAAUCUAGAACAGACUAUCCAACAGAUUCUUGACAUGGGUGGUGGUACAUGGGAACGCGAUACUGUUGUCCGUGCUCUACGUGCUGCAUAUAAUAACCCUGAGAGGGCAAUAGACUACCUGUAUUCUGGAAUUCCUGAGAAUGUUGAGGCCCCGCCUGUGGCUCGAGCACCUGCUUCUGGCCAACAAACAAAUCCGCAGGCUCCUUCACUUGCUCAGGCUGCAGUUGCACCACCAGUGCAGCCAUCCCCUGCCUCUGCAGGGCCUAAUGCAAAUCCUCUAAACCUUUUUCCUCAGGGUGUUCCAAGUGGUGGGGCCAAUCCAGCUGCUGGUGCUGGUGCAGGAGCUGGUGCCCUUGAUGCCUUGCGGCAGCUUCCACAGUUUCAAGCACUGCUUCAAUUGGUCCAGGCUAAUCCUCAAAUCUUACAGCCAAUGCUUCAAGAGCUAGGCAAACAAAACCCACAAAUCCUGCGGUUGAUUCAGGAAAAUCAGGCUGAGUUUCUCCGCUUGGUGAAUGAAAGUCCUGAGGGUGCUGCUGGAGGAAACAUACUAGGUCAACUAGCAGCAGCAAUGCCACAAGCGGUGACAGUUACUCCGGAGGAACGGGAGGCUAUCCAGCGGCUCGAGGGAAUGGGUUUCAAUCGUGAGCUUGUGCUGGAGGUCUUCUUUGCGUGCAACAAGGACGAGGAGCUCGCUGCCAACUACCUCCUGGAUCAUGGCCACGAGUUCGACGAGCAGCAGCAAUAGAUGCUAGAUUGUGGUGAUAUCGUGGGGGUGGAGGUGGGGAAACCCAGGGAGAAGCAGAGCAGCUCAGUGUCGUUCUUAUUCCUUCUGACAGUUGAGAAAUACCUGGUCGUCUAUGCAGUGCUGCUGACUAUCUUUUAUUUUCAUAUAUGUGUCGGGGAUGCUUUCCAAGUACAUAUUAAUUCCAUAUUAAGUGUUACACCGUGUAUAAUAGCGUGUCGUAUCUUGGCCUUGACAUGGAAAGGAGAUUGGUUUGGUCUCUCCGGUUGUUA